AUGAAAUUCAACAUUAACAACUUCCCAUUUUUCUCCCUCUUCUCCAUUUCCCUAGUCAUAAUUGCCACGUCAUUACUACGCUCGUGCCUGGGUCAAAACUCGCCGCAGGACUUUCUCAACGCGCACAACGCAGCGCGCAGACAGGUCGGUGUGGGCCCUAUGACUUGGGACCCAGCAGUGGCCAGCUUCGCCCAGAACUAUGUCAACAGCAGGCUCAGAGACUGCAACCUCAUCCACUCGACCAACCGGCCGUACGGCGAGAACCUCGCGGCGGGCUCCGGCGACUUCACCGGCCGAGCGGCCGUGGACCUGUGGGUUAGUGAGAGGCAGUUUUACAACUACGGUUCCAACUCGUGUGUCGGGGGAGAGUGCCUCCACUACACUCAGGUGGUGUGGCGGAACUCUGUCCGACUAGGGUGCGCGAGGGCUCGGUGCAACAACGGGUGGUGGUUCGUUUCGUGCAACUACGCGCCACCGGGCAACUAUAACUCGGCGCAAGACUACGUUAAGGCCCACAACACCCCUCGUGGACAGGUGGGCGUGGGCCCAAUAACGUGGGACCCGACUCUAGCUACCUACGCUCAGAACUACGCCAAUAAGAGAAUUGCCGAUUGUGCCCUGAUACAUUCCAAUGGGCCCUACGGCGAGAACCUGGCUAAGGGCAGCAGUAGUACUUUCUCGGGUCUGUCUGCAGUGAAUAUGUGGGUUGCCGAAAAACAGUGUUACGAUUACAGCUCGAACUCGUGCACGGGUGGCAAACAGUGCCUCCACUACACUCAGGUCGUGUGGCGUGAGUCAACUCGUGUGGGGUGUGCUCGGGUGAAGUGCAACAACGGGUGGUACUAUGUCGUCUGCAGUUACGACCCCCCGGGCAAUUGGGAGGGGGAAUGGCCUUAUUAA